AUGGGGAAAUUACUGGAAAAGAUCAUAGAGACGAGGCUACAGGAAGAAAUUAAGGGGAAAAUAAGUGAAGAGCAGUAUGGGUUUAGACAGGGGAGGGGGACUAUGGACGCAGUGGAAAGGGUUGUGAAAUUUAUACAGAAUGGGUUAGGAAAGGGCAGAUAUGUGGUAGGAGAGAGCCUGGACAUAAGGAAUGCAUUUAAUUCCGCAAGGUGGGGGCACAUUGUAAAAAAGCUGAAGCAAAUGGGUGUUAAGGAGGCGUUAGUAGAUAUUAUCAAAAGUUACCUACAGGAUAGGAAAGCGGUGAUGAAGAUAGAGGGGGAAAAGAUGGAGUGGGAGGUAAGGAGGGGAGUCCCACAGGGCUCGGUCCUUGGACCAACCCUGUGGAACGUGGGUUUUAACGAAAUACUGAAAGGAGAGGACGAAAAGGGGAGGGUAAUUUACUAUGCGGAAGACACCUUAAUGCUUCUGGAAGGAAAGGAUCUGAGGGAAUUAUUGGGGGAAGUGGAGAGGAGGCUGGAUAAGAUAGUAAACGAUAUAGGGGAACUAGGAUUGGAGAUUGCACCUGAGAAAACAGAGUUAGUGGUGUUUACCAGAAAGAGAAAGAGGUAUGGAGAAGCAAGAGAGAUUAAAAUAAAGGACCAGACAAUAAAGGCGGAAAAGAGUAUGAAGUAUUUAGGUAUUACUUUGGACGAAAAGCUAACAUUUAAUGCACAUAUAGAAAAUGCAUAUGGCAAAACAAUCAGGGCUAUGAAUAGGGUAGGAGGGAAACACAAGGGAAAAGGAAACUACUGGGUAGCAGGGGCAUACUGGACCGUAUCCACGGAAGCUGCGGAAGUAAUAUCAAGCACUCCACCCUUAAAAAUCGUAGCAAAAAUGAGAAGGAAAACCUAUGAAAGAUCGAAGGAAAUGGAUAUGGGAGAACUGGAUCCUAUCGAGAAAAGGAAGAUCAAGGGGAGGAUAAAGAAAGAGGAAUAUAGGGCAAUGAUGAAGCAAUGGCAGGAUAGAUGGACCGUGGAUACGGGGAAAGCGGCUUGA